AUGCAGCAGCGGCGCGAUGAAAUCCUGGCGAAGAAGGCGAAGCUCGCAGAGCUGAAGCGCCAGCGCGAGCUGCGCACGCAGGCGUCUGCCAGCCGGCACAGCAUAGGCCAGGCCGACCUCAUAUCGCCGGUGCCUGGACGGGCGGAUAACCGGCGGGAGAUUGAGUCGCUGAUCAACAGCCUGGUGGGCGAGAGCCGGCCGGGAUCGACGACAACGGGCGGGGCGGCAUCGCCGGCGCUCAGGGGCAGCCGGCCAAACAGCGUGUUGAGUGCGGGUGAGAUGAGCAACGCGACGUCCGAGUUUGCGCUGUCAGCAAACUUGCAGGCGGCAACGGGGCCGACGUCACAGCCGCAGGUGCUGACGACGGUGUCGCUGACGACGAUCUACGAGUGUCCGCCGUCGCCGGUGAAGGAGAUCUACUCGUACAGCAAGGGCGUGCAGACGACGGACGACCUGUUGCCGCCAGCACCUUUGCAGAACCAGGGAGCGUACGAUUCGGACGGCGACGAUCCGCUGGCGAUGACGACGGCGAGCAAGCGGAUGAGCCGGCGGGGCCGGGACCGGGAAGAGGAGCUGCGCAAGAACAUCCGGCGGGAGGUGGAGGAAGAGCUGCUGGCGACGCGGGAGCAUCUUGCAGGCCAGGAAGACGCACGAGUCGAGGCAGAGACGGCCAACUACCCGGCACGGGUGCUGACGACAGAGGAGCUGGAGGCGGUGACGUCGUCGGUGGAUUUUGCGGACUUUCUGGAACGGUCGACCAAGGUGAUCGAGAAGGCGCUGGACCUGGAAUACGACAUCCUGACGGACUACACGCUGCAGGCAUACGACAAGGACGAGGAGGACGAGCAGGGCAACGUGGGCGGCCGGGGACGGCGGAAGGUGAAGGAGAUCCGGCAGUUCUACGACGAGAAGUGGUCGCGCAAGCGGAUGAUCACGUCCAUCGACUUUUCGCCCAAGUUCCCGGACCUGAUGCUGGCAUCGUACACGAAGAAUCCAGCAGCACCGCACGAGCCUGACGGAGUGGUGCAGGUAUGGAGCCUCAAUCUGCACGACCGACCCGAGUUUGUGUUCCACGCGCAGUCGGACAUCCUGACAGCACGCUUCUCGCCCUUCAACCCGAACCUGAUUUUUGGCGGGACGUACAGCGGGCAAGUGCUGGUGUGGGACACGCGGGCACGCUCGGCGCCGGUGCAGAAGACACCGCUGACGGGAUCGGGACACACGCACCCGGUAUACGCGCUGGACAUUGUGGGGACGCAGAACGCCAACAACAUCAUCAGCUGCAGCACGGACGGGGUGGUGUGUGGGUGGGCUGAGAACAUGCUGGCACAGCCACAGGAGUUUCUGUCGCUGACGGUGCCGCCACCAAGCAAGAUCGACGACCUGGCGCCGACGAGCCUGGCGUUUCCGGACGCGGACCCGACGUUUUUCCUAGUCGGCUCCGAGGAAGGCACGAUCUACCCGUGCCACCGAUACGACCGAGCCGGGGCCAAGGCAGGUGUGGACGCGCGGGUGAGCUACCGGGGCCACGCGGCGCCGGUGAUGUCGGUGGACUUCCAUCCUGCACGCGGGCCGGUAGACCUGGGCGACCUGGUGCUGUCGGCGAGCCUGGACUGGUCGGUGAAGCUGUGGAAGGUGCGGGCGCCAGCAGCGACGAGUACGGUGGUGGCGGGGGGGGCAGCCGGACCGGGCGUCGGGGGCGGCGGUGUGGGCGGCAUUGGGAGCAUUGGCGGGAUCGGGGGUGCCGGCAGCGGCAGCGGCAGCAGCAGCAGCGAUGGCGUGGUGACGCCGCUGAUGGACUUUGUGCGCGAGGAUGUGGUGUACGAUGCGGCCUGGUCGCCGGUGAAGCCGGGUGUCUUCAGUCUCGUGGACGGGGCCGGCUGGCUGGAGCUAUGGGACAUCACGGUGGAGACGGAGGAGCCGGUGGCACGGAUCAGCCCGAGUCCGCGCAAGGAUGGCCGCUCGCUGCUGGCCAACAGUCUCAACAAGGUGGCCUGGGACAAGAGCGACGGGCGGCGGCUGGCAACGGGCGGCAUUGCCGGGACGCUGACCGUGUUUGAGGUGGGGCCGGACCUAGGCGGGAAGGAGAACCUGCGGACUCCCCGCCUCAAGUAUCUUACAGAGCCAAGCUAUAGCACCGCCAAACCCAUCACCACCAUGGCUCCAUCCACAAAGGUCAGCGAGCUUCUGGCCGAGGCCGAGAAGACAUCAGACGCCGGACCGGCGCUGCUGUCGAUGCUGGAGACGCUGCCAACGAUAUCGAGCGCGGCCACGAUGGCCGACGACCUGAAGGCGAUUGGCGACAGCGUGUUCGACCUGUCGACGGGCAUCAUGUCGGCACGAGCAGUGCUAGACGGGCUGGUGAAGGCGCUGCGGGACAGCGAGAGCGGUGAGCUGCAGAUAGCAGUGGGUGAACACGUGCUGCAGCGACUGGGAGCAGGAUCUAGUUCAGGCUCAGGCCCAGGCUUGGGCUCGGGCUCAGGCUCAGGCUCAGGAUCAGGAUCCGGAGGGACAACCCAGGCGAGCUUCCUGGAGCAGGCGGCGACGCUGAGCGAGCUGGUGGCGACGGCACAGGAAGCAGCGGAGAACUACGUGGAAGCAGCGCGGCUGCUAGCAACGAUUCCGCUGGACGGCAGCGCACGGCGAGUCAGCCAGGAGGACAAGGUGCGGGUGUGGGUGCGGAUCGUGCGGGACUAUCUGGAGGUGGAUGACAGCACGAGCGCGGAGGCAUACCUGAACAAGAUCAAGGGGGUGCUGUACGAGGUGGAGGACGCGGAGCUGAAGCUGCACUUCCGGCUGUCGCAGGCGCGGAUCAACGACGCCAAGCGCGAGUUUCUGGCUGCGAGCACGGCCUACCACGACAUCAGCUACAGCACGGCCAUCGCCGAGGACGAGCGGCUGCACACGCUGGGCGUGGCGGUGACGUGUGCGAUCCUGGCACCGGCAGGGCCGACGCGCAGCCGCGUGCUAGCCCGGCUUUACAAGGACGAGCGAGCUGCCAGCCUGCCGGCCUUUGCCAUGCUCGAGAACAUGUUUCUCGACCGGCUGCUGACGGCCUCGGACGUGGCUCAGUUUGCCCGCAGCCUGCAGCCACACCAGCUGGCUACCACGGCUGACGGCCAGACCGUGCUCGCCCGUGCCGUCGUCGAGCACAACCUGCUCGGCGUCUCGCGGCUGUAUCGCAAUAUUCGCCUCGCCGACCUCGCCGACCUGCUCGCACUGGCCCCCGAUCGCGCCGAGGAGACGACCGCCCGCAUGAUCGAACAGGGCCGCCUGCUCGGCCGUAUUGACCAGAUCGCCGCCGUCGUCUGGUUCGAGGGCGGCGACGCCUCCGGCCGCAAGGGCUCCGGCCGCGCCGAAAGCCGCGUCGACAGCGAGCUCCGCCUCUGGGACGCCAACGUCCAGAGCCUCGCCGAAGAGGUCGAGAGCAUCACCAACGCCAUCCAGCGUGACUUUCCCGACUUUGCCGCUCGCAAUCUCGUCGUCUAG